UAAUACUCAAAAUAAAAGAAGCCUGAAAAUUAUCAGUUGGCACCGCAACCUCCGAAAAUCCAAAAUUGUCUCUAUCUAUCUGGUCAGCUCCGAAAACCAAACUCUCUCUCUCUCUCUCUCUCUCAAACCCAUUUCUGCUUCCAUUUCCAAUCCCAUAACUUCAUUUCCUUAAUCCAAUCACCAAAAACCCAAAACCAUAAACUGCGGCGCGAUCCAUCGGAUUCCUCAAUCACAGCCGUCCAUCGAAAAUCCUCAGGUUUGGUUUCUGAUUUUCUCUCAUGAUUCGCUGAGUGUUUCCCGAUGAUCAAUGGGGAGGAAACUCGGGGGACCCAAUCUCUAGUCCCCUCUCCUCCUCCUCCACCACCGCCGCAACCGCCGUCCGAUCGUCCCAAAUCGGACGGCGGUGGCGGUGGUGGCGACGGUGGCGUCGAUGCGGGUGAGUUAGCUCUUGCUAUCUCGCCCGCAUCGGCGUCGCCGUCGUCGCAGUACUCGUCGUGCGGCGGUGAGUCCGAGUUCGACCGCUAUUGCAGCGCGAACUCGGCCAUGGGCACGCCUAGUAUUUCCAGUAGCACGAUCACCAAUUUUUAUGAUUUUACAGACUCUGAAUUGUUCACGAGAAAUUUAGGGUUUUCCGGGGAUGAUGGUGGUGGUGGUGGAUUGGAGGGUUUUAGUUUGGGAGGGAAAUUCGAUUCGAAUCAAAAUAGAAACGUUGAUUUUCGACGAGAAAUGAUUGGGGAUGAUGGGGUUAGUAGGUUGGAAUUGUAUGAUAAUAAGGGACUUGGACUUGAUGAUGAUUCGGGUAAGGAAGAAGGGUCUAUGGGGUCGAGAGAGGAUGGGGAGUUUGGAGUAAUGAGGGGUCAGGAUGUGGAUGUGGAUGUGGAAGUGGGAGAGAGUGGAGUUGGGGAAGGUUCUUCGAAUAGGGUAGUUGGCGAAGAGGGUGGUGGUUUAUUUGAUGGGAUGAAGGUGGAAUUUGGUUUCGAGGGUGGUGGAAAGGAGAGGGAGAGAGGGGAAGGAGAAGAGGAUGGGGACUCGUCGAGGUAUGAGCAUUCAGAAGGUGAAGAUUCGAUGUAUAAUUAUGGUUCGGAUGGUGAGUGUAGGGAUCAAUUUCAUGUUCAGAGAAAUGUGAGUUAUGGCCGGGAAAAAAAAGUGGAGAACGAAAAUCCGUUGCUUAUUAACUCGUCUGUGGCGUUUGGUUCGGAUGAUUGGGAUGAUUUUGAGCAAGAAACGGAGGGAAGUGGUAUGCUGGCUUCUCUGACAUUGGAUCCGUUCCAGGAACAGAAAGAAAAGGAUAGUGAAACUGAGGGAAACCUUCUGAAUUCAAAUUCUGAGAUUACACAUGGGAUUCCUUCUGCUGGUCAGAUUGACCAAGGACAAGUUGUGACAGAAAUGUCUUUGGUGGGAAAACUAAUUGAAGGGGAUUAUGAAUUGGGUGAUGAUAUUGAUGGGUGUUCUGUGACCCCAACUGGUAUUUCAAGUUUGGCAGAACCAAAGCGGAUGGAAGUUGUGAGAAGCAUUCCUGAAGCCAGUUAUCAAGUUCUAGGUGGUGAUGAAUUGGCAGAACAUACUGAAAGUGCUUCCAUAAUUCCAAUUGGGUUUUUGAAUGUCAAUGAAUCAGGGCAGCAACAUGUGAGAGACACUACCGUUACCGACAAUCAAGUUCGAGAUUCUGAAAAACCAGAAAGUUCUGUUAGCAAUCUCUUUCAAAUGGAGCUGGAAGAGCUUGCUGAAGGACUACCUCUGGACAUGGAUUUGAACACUGUGGAUAGUGGCAUGGAAAGGGAGCAUCAGCGUGUAAAUACUGAAGAAGUUAUUGGCACUGCUAAAAGUAGAGAUUUAUCAAAUCAAGAUGUGGGGAAAUCAAAAAUAAAAUUUGACCUCCUUGAUGUUACAGUUAAUCAAUCUUCCUCCCCUUCAACUGUUUCUCCAGAAACCACAAAUCUCAAAUUAUUUGAUGAUCGUGAAACAAUGUCAUCUCCAUCUGUUUUUGAAAAUAAGAUGAGGAUAGUUUCAAACAAUUCUUCUGUUUCAGCAGUUCUCUCUGAAGACGCUGUAUCACUUCAGACGGAGAAUCUUGAUAUAAAUGAAUUCUACGAUGAGGUUGUUCAUGACAUGGAAGAAAUUUUGCUUGAAUCUUGUGAGACUCCCAGGACUAGGUUCUCUCAGGAUAAUAGAAUGUUUCAGUCGCAGCUGUCUCUACCUGUAAGAGAUGGUGGGUCAACUGCUUCUACUUCUGGUACAGAUGACGCUUUUCCUCUCAUUCAACACCCGCUUAGAAUUGAUGGGAUUGAAGUAGUUGGUGCGAGACAGAAGAAGGGGAAUGUCUCCUUUAGUGAAAGACUGGUUGGAGUGAAGGAAUACACUGUGUAUAAAAUGAGAGUGUGGGGCGGCAAGGAUCAAUGGGAGGUUGAACGACGAUAUCGUGAUUUUUACACUCUAUAUCGUCGGUUGAAAACUAUAUUUGCCGACCAAGGCUGGAUUCUACCUACCCCCUGGUUCUCUGUUGAAAAGGAAUCCAGAAAGAUAUUUGGAAAUGUAUCUCCUGAUGUUAUUGCAGAGAGAAGUGUUUUGAUUCAAGAGUGUUUACGUUCAAUUCUCCAUUCCAGAUUCUUUUCCAGUAUCCCAACUCCAUUGAUUUGGUUUUUGUCCCCUCAAGAUUCAUUUCCUAGUUCUCCUAUGUCAAAGACACCGGUGUCUCAGCCAACCUCUUUUGCUAGAGUGGCAGAUACAGAAAAUGUUUCCAAUUUAGGGAAGACUAUAUCACUUGUUGUUGAACUUCACCCUUACAAAUCUAUGAAACAGAUGCUAGAAGCACAGCAUUAUACUUGUGCUGGAUGCCACAAACAUUUUGAUGAUGGAAAGACUAUGAUGCAAGACUUUGUACAGACAUUUGGUUGGGGUAAGCCUCGACUUUGUGAAUACACUGGUCAAUUAUAUUGUUCUUCAUGCCAUACAAAUGAAACUGCAGUCUUGCCAGCAAGAGUUUUGCAUCAAUGGGAUUUUACUCAAUAUUUAGUUUCUCAGAUGGCUAAAUCAUAUCUGGAUUCUAUACAUGACCAGCCCAUGCUUUGUGUUAGUGCAGUUAAUCCUUUCCUAUUUUCAAAGGUCCCAGCCCUGCUUCAUGUCAUGGGUAUCAGGAAAAAAAUAGGGACCAUGCUUCCAUAUGUUCACUGCCCAUUUCGUAGGACCAUCAACAAAGGACUUGGGUCUCGAAGAUAUCUUCUUGAAAGCAAUGAUUUUUUUGCACUUAGAGACCUCAUUGAUCUUUCCAAAGGGCCUUUUGCAGCACUACCUGUGAUGGUGGAAACCGUAUCUAGGAAAAUACUGGAGCAUAUUACAGAGCAAUGCCUCAUAUGCUGUGAUGUGGGAGUCCCCUGCAGUGCUCGACAAGCUUGUAAUGACCCUUCUGCUCUCAUUUUCCCUUUUCAGGAAGGUGAGGUUGAAAAGUGUAGAUCUUGUGAAGCCUUAUUCCAUAAAGCUUGCUUCAGAAAGAUCAUAAACUGCCCUUGUGGGGCACAGCUUAGGCCAGAAGAGAGGGUAGAUAAUGGGGCUGGUGGUGAGGUUAAUAGAACUUUGGGGAGGAGAUCUGGUUCUGGGCUGUCUGUAGGACUGCUCUCUGGACUGUUUACAAGGGCAAAGCCGGAAAAGACAGAGCCGAAAGAUGGGGACAAUGUUAUAUUAAUGGGUUCCUUGCCAAGCACUUCUCUAUGAUACCUAUACAUGCAUUUGUAUCAUUUUUGUUCGUUCUUGAUCUGAAAAUAUUGAAUUUCAUUUGUUGUACUUUGUACCUAUGGUCACCAAUAAUGAGAAUCGGCCAAGCCAUUAUAUUGUUGUGGGCUUGUAGCCAA